GCUUAGCCAACCCUAAUUGGUUUACCUGCCCAGUGGCGGGCCGCUGGGGUUUCUUCACUUUUGGGCGCUUUGCAGGAAAUUUCGGUCCAGUUUUCAUUUCUGUGCGCUAUACCACACACAAUAGAUCGUCAUGGGGAAAAGUGCGAAAUUCUACAAACGUCCUACAAAGAAGGAGAAAGAGGGAAACGCCCUGCGAAAGUUGGCUACAACCACCCCGGUGAUCGCGAAAAAGCAGCAACAGCAACAGCAGCAACCUGCCAAAAAAACGGCUUUGGCCGAUGCCAUUGUCAAGACGGAUGCAGCUGCGAUGGAUAUUGACGACACAAGUGCCAAAAAGAAACCGACCAAGAAAACGGCCAAAGAUGAAGGUCCCGAUUAUGUUGAUCUGUUAACCGGCAAAAAAACAUACAAGAAAACACCUGGAAAACGAAGACAUUAAAAUACGCCCAAAGACAUCCCCCUUCCCUAUAUUGAUAUCAAACCAAAACACAGACGUUGUCAACUGCAUUUUUUUUUCAUAAGAGCAUCACUUUUCUUUUACUUUUUUUUUGGAAUCGUAAAGUAAAGACAAUUUUUAGACGGGAAUCAAAUGAAGAUGAAAGAAAUGAGAAAGAUCCAUAUGUCGAUUGUUCAAAGAGGUA